UUAGGUUAAAUGUCAAUAAAAAACACGAUCACGUUUGUUUACAGGUUUUCAUGCAUUUUCUUGUAAUUAAUGAGAAAAUCUAUGCCUUUUUUAUUUGGAAUUCAGUAAUAAGUCGUUCACUGGAUCAAAGAAAAUGGUUUCCGAUAACAGUGCUAUCUUGUAUUUGUGUAAUUUCGAUGAUCAGUUGAGCAAAUCAGAAAAUCAGGCGCUUGAUAAGCUUUGGUCGGGAGAAUGGUCAAUAGAGAACAAAGACUUGUGCAAGGAACUGCUUUGUUCAGACUUGGAUGGAGAGCUCUUGAACGUAAUUAGGAAAUACCGGGACAACAGCAAUGACUUGGAAAACAUUCUUCAUCUGGCUGUGAGUUCUUUGCUGACAUUCUGUGAUCAAAACUGGAAUCCACAUCCAAAAGAAGUUAAUUUAGAAGAGUAUCUCCAUAUGAAGUGGCCCGAGGGUGUUGAUGUGAGCUUGAAGCUGCAACGGGACUCAGAGCCCAUCUACGUGAAUAUCAUACACCCAGAACUGUUGUAUUUUUCACACCAAAUCUUCAGUGCUUUGUAUUCUGUUGAACAAAAUUUGGUGCACCUAUGGUGGUGUUUUCGAAGCAAAGUUCUCCAUCAGAGAGCCCUUGAAGACACCAGCGCUACAGUCUACUCUGAGCUGGAGUUGAUAAUGGCGAAGUUGACAAAUGAGCUCCAAAACCUACAAAAUAAACCACGUCUGCAAAUACUGCUUUGCCUGGAAAUAGCACAGGCGUACUUGGUAUAUGGUAGAGUGCAAAAAGUGGAGGAAUAUUUGAACCGAGCUAGAGAUAUAUCUGGCUUGAAACUGGAGUUAACUGGUGUUUUGGGCAAGAGGACGAAAUACCAACAGAAUCUACUGCCCCAACUUGCCCUAAGCAGUGAGCUGGAUUCCGCUGUGAACCGUCCUUCCGCUGAAGAGAGCCACGGCUCUUCAGAACUGCCUCCGGACAUUGAACUGCAAGAUGAUGUGCGACUCAACAAGAUACAAUAUCAGCAGAAAAUCUCGCAGUCAGAGCUACCAAGCUUGGAACAAACUCUCUGUUUGCUUACUGUGCAAUACAUUCAAAAGUCGCAACCCAAAGACGACCUUAUGACGGAGGAGUUACAGCCCUACAUCGAGACUAUUCUAACCCAGAAGCGAGGUCCGUGGUCCACUCGUGUCGCGGCUCUGCUGAUCCGCUGUCGGCUGGAGGCCAAUCACAAACGUACGGUAGAGCGCGCCAUGCUUCAGUGCGAGACCAUUGUCGAGGAUAAGACUGGAGUUGCUCCUACUGAUAGGCUAUCCUACCUCUGGGCCACGGGUCUCCCGCCGGCCUGGACGUGGCGCCAACAGUUAGCCGACUUAUACCUGAGCAUGGGGCUGGUGAAGGCGGCGCUGGAGCUGUUCCGCCGCCUGCAGCUGUGGGAGGACGUCAUCGUCUGCUACACCAUGCUGCAGCUGCGCCACAAGGCAGCAGAAGUUAUACAGCAGCAAAUAGAGAUAAACCCAACUGUGAAACUGUACUGCCUUCUGGGUGAUGCCACAGACGACAUCUCGUGCUAUGAAAAGGCGUGGGACUUCUCCAAUCACAAGAGCAGUCGGGCCCAGCGCCACUGGGGCAACUUCCUGUUCGACCAUAAGCGCUACCGCGAGUGUAUCCCGCACUACGAGGCGUCCGUAGCGAUCAACUCCAUACAGGAGAGCGUGUGGCUACGACUCGGAUUCGCUGCGCUUCAAACAGAGCAGUGGGAAACGUCGGCUUCCGCAUACCGUCGCUACACUUACCUCCAGCCGAACAGCUUCGAGGCGUGGAACAACUUGGCCAAGGUGUACGUGAACCAGGGCGACAAGCAAAGAGCGUACAGAGCACUUAUGGAGGCGCUGAGAUUCAACUAUGAUAACUGGAAGUUGUGGGAGAACGUAGUAACAGUGAGCAUGGAUACCGGCCACUUGGAUGACGUGGUACGCGGCGUGCACCGCCUGGCCGACCUGCUGGGCAAGUUCCACGACGUCGAAGUGCUGUCGCUGCUGGUGCGUGCCGCCCUGCACGCGAGCACGGGAGCAGACGCCGAUGGACACAGCGCCACCAGGUUACGGAAACAAAUACUGGAGCUGUUCGGUAGGAUCACCUCGCUGACCCCGAACAAGCCGGAGAUAUGGCAGUUGUACUCCGACAUCAGUCCGACCUUCUUGCUGAAAGCGCAACGACUUCUGAAAGCUUAUCGCGGCUAUACGCAGAAUGGCAACUGGUCGAACAGCCCAGACACGUGCAAUAGAGUGAUAGAGCUCGCCCAGAAUCUUCUCGACUACAGUCUGAAGGCCCGACAGGAGGCCGAAGACAAAGAUAAGGCGCAGUGCGACCAGCAGUUGUCUUCAGCUCGGCUGACCGGCCAGGCCGUCAUCCGGGCCGCGGAGAAACAGGACUGGCCGCAGACCAAGGAGCCUUUGGAGGAGUUGACGAAGCUUUUCAAUGAAAUCACGGAAUAUAUGAAAUCAAUUAUGUAGUAAA